GAUUUUUUCUUAAACAAGUGUCCUUCCUUACUACAUCUAUAUAUCAUUCUUACUACUACACUUUUCACCCACUUCACUCUCUGUCCUACUCAAAUAACACCUAAAAACUAUGGAAGGAAAAAAGUUCCUACGUUUGCUUUCACUUCUACUUGUAACUUUCAUUCUUUUUAUCUUCAUAUUCAUUAGAAAUUCCGACCUUCCUUCGUCUAAGAACUUCCAUUAUGUUAACAAGGCGGCGGCUGAACUCGAGCUUCAGCCACCGCCACGUAAGCUCACUCGCCAUGUCCAUGUGUCGGACAUGGCACGACAUCCCCUGGACCCACUUACGGUCCAGGAGAUGAACCGUGUCCGGUCCAUUGUCAUCUCACAUGUGCUCUUUAAGGCAGCUAAGUGCUACGCACUUCACUCAGUUGUCUUAGAGGAGCCACCGAAGCCACUUGUCAUCAGAUGGAAGGAAGGGGAUCCACUUCCACCUAGGAAGGCUUCUGUUAUAGCACGUGUGGAUGGAGGGACACACAUGAUGAGUGUUGACUUGGGUUCGGGUCGGGUUGAGUUUGUUGAUGUUGGUCAAGUGUCUGGCUACCCGACUAUGACUAUUGAAGAUAUGAAUACGGCGACGUUUACACCGUUCGGGAGUAAAGAGUUUAAUCAGACGGUGGUGGCGCGUGGGGUUGAUCUGAAGGACUUGGCUUGCUUGCCCAUUUCUACUGGAUGGUAUGGUAAAAAAGAAGAAAAGAGGAGGUUGAUUAAGAUACAAUGCUAUUCCAUGGAAGAGACUACUAAUUUCUAUAUGAGGCCCAUAGAAGGGCUUACUGUAAUUGUUGAUAUGGACUCUAAUCAAGUGUUGGAAAUUUCUGAUAAUGGAAGUGACAUACCCAUUCCUCAAGCAACCAACACAGAGUACCGCUUUUCGGCCCAAAAAAACAUCCACCAUAAAAUCAAGCCUAUCAACCCAAUAUCCAUUGAGCAGCCCAAAGGCCCAAGCUUCACUGUAGAGAAUGGACACAUAAUCAAAUGGGCUAAUUGGGAAUUUCACCUGAAACCCGACCCAAGAGCUGGGGUGAUUGUAUCACGGGCCAUGUUCCGGGACCCGGAUACAGGGGAGCUAAGAAAUGUCAUGUACAAAGGGAUGACUUCAGAGUUGUUUGUUCCUUACAUGGAUCCAAGUGAUGCAUGGUAUUUUAAGACUUAUAUGGAUGCAGGUGAAUACGGGUUUGGGUUAACGGCGAUGCCUCUUGACCCGCUCAAUGAUUGUCCGAGGAAUGCAUACUAUAUGGAUGGUGUGUUUGCUGCUGGUGAUGGAAGGCCAUAUGUCAGAUCAAAUAUGGUUUGUGUGUUUGAGAGUUAUGCUGGUGAUAUUGGGUGGCGUCAUUCUGAAAGUCCAAUUACAGGCAUGGAGAUCUGUGAGGCAAGGCCAAAGGUGACUUUAGUUGUUCGAAUGGCAGCAUCAGUAGCAAACUAUGAUUAUAUUGUGGACUGGGAAUUUCAAAAUGAUGGACUUGUCAAUAUUAAGGUAGGAUUAAGUGGCAUAUUGAUGGUGAAAGGUACACCAUACACGAACUUGGAUCAAGUCUCGAAUCAAGAAGGCCUCUAUGGGACCUUAUUAUCUGAAAAUGUCAUUGGUGUUAUCCAUGACCAUUACAUCACAUUCUAUCUUGACAUGGAUGUAGAUGGAUCGGAUAAUUCGUUUGUAAAAGUGAACUUACAGAGGCAACAAACCUCCCCUGAGGAGUCACCUAGGAAGAGCUACUUGAAAGCCACAAGGAGUAUUGCCAAGACUGAGAAAGAUGCACAAAUCAAGCUCAAGCUUUAUGACCCAUCUGAAUUUCAUGUGGUUAAUCCAAGUAAAAAGACCCGAGUAGGGAACCCUGUUGGGUAUAAAGUAGUCCCUGCUGGCACCGCGGCUAGCCUACUUGAUCUUGACGAUCCACCCCAAAGGAGAGGAGCAUUUACCAACAACCAAAUAUGGGUCACUCCAUAUAACAGAAGCGAAGAGUGGGCUGGCGGGUUGUUUGUUUACCAAAGCCAUGGCGAAGACACCCUUGCUACCUGGUCUGAAAGGGAUAGAGAAAUAGAGAACAAGGAUAUUGUGGUGUGGUACACCUUAGGAUUCCAUCACAUACCGUGUCAAGAAGACUUCCCAAUCAUGCCAACAGUCUCAUCAAGCUUUUCUUUGAAGCCUGUUAAUUUUUUUGAAAGAAAUCCCAUCCUUGGAAUCCCGCCGAACUUUGAAAAGGAUCUCCCAGUUUGCCAAGCAACUUCUUCAACUUCUUGAAAGGCCAUAAUUCCUGAGCUUGUAUGUUAUAUGUUGUAUAAUCGUGCAACGUGUAAAAUAAGCUUCCCUUUGGUCUUUUGGUAUGUUUAUCUAUUCCUUUUUGUUCCAACAUUAAGCUAAGCAUCUCAAUGUGCAAGUUCAGAUACAAGUUUAUUAUCUUUACAUCAGAUUGAGAAAUGCAUUACCAGUGCUCAAUUUCA